AUGAUGGCGGGCGCCCUGCCACGCGCUUUUCGGCCCCAGACCCUCGAGGAGUAUGUCAUGAGCUAUGGCGAGGUGUCGCAGCACAUCCAGUAUGACUAUCGACCACACACCACGACGAAGGGAGCUGUAGCCAGGCCCGAGCACCGGCUAGCACCCGAGAUCAUCAGGCCCUGGAGCAGCUUCGAUGGAGAACGGGCCAUCCUCUGGAACGCAGCCGUCCAGGCCCUGUCCGGAGGGUCGGCGACGUUUCCUUCCCAAGAUCAUAUCCUCGAGACUGGCAGCGAGCUCGCCCUCAUCGACUGCGAGGCGGCCGUCCACCUAUGCGACACCGACCUUGUUCACAAACCCGUCUCUCGCAUCCUGCGCCUCAUCGGCAGGGAUGCCGAGAUCAACUCAUCUCUUUCUCGUGCCAUCGGUACAGCCCUUGGCACACGGCCGCUCGAGAUGGGACAUUUCUUCUUCUCCACGCACAGGAACCAGCUGAAUGAUGUUAUCCCUCAGAUCGCGGGGUCCAAAAGAAAGCUCGACAGCGAUGCAACUCCCGAUCGACAUGGUACCGAGCAGCAAUCUGGACAUCAGGAGCAAGAGCGGGGAGAGGUAUUACAUCUACACAUGUCCCGAGAAGCAGCCGAGCAACAGUUUCGCGCUGGGCCGACCGAUGGUCUCUGCAACUUUAAGGGGGACACAGAUACAAGGCGGAUACUAUUCGCGUACGAGCUCAAAGCACCACACAAACUUCCAUGGCGAACAUUACAAAGUGCAGGAUUGGCAAACAAUGACCGUGCCUUUGAUGUCAGGCAAGAUAUCUGGGAGAAGCCAGACGAUGAAGCAGCUGGCGAUGCCAGCGACAAUGACGCCGGCGGGAGCCGGGGCAUCGAGCGCACCGGCCAGGACGAAGAUGAUGACUCAGACCCCCUCUCUGCGACGGCCGGCGUUAUCACACAGCUGUAUGAUUUCAUGAUCAGGGAGAGGCUACGAUAUGGCUAUAUCAGCACAUCGGACUGUUACAUCUUCUUACGCAUCGACCUGGAAUCUCCCACAAUUGUGGAAUACUACACGGCCCGCCGGCCUCAACCGGCUGAUGCUCUGCCGCCCAUGCGAAUGCUCCCUCUUGUGCGCAUCUUGCUUCUGGCGCUGAUUUCUCUAGUCCGUGGAGGUGCCAUACCCGCAGAUACCGCCCUGCGUGCGACGAAGGAGGGCAGUCGAUGGCCGGUGAUCAGGAGAGCGAUGACCGAGACCACAGAGGGUACUUCAUUGAUCCACAAUGUCGGCCGCGAGUCAACCGGCGACAAAUCCUUCCGACAAUCGACAGCAUCGAACACAUCAGGCUCCAAUGAUGACCAUCUGGCCCCGAACUGCUUGCAAGCCGGCUACAGCAACACCGAUAAGCCUUCCAAGAGAAAGCAUGACGACGGAAAUGGUUCAUUUUGGGCUCCUGAGGCCGGGGACGGUGGAUGGGACCCGGACGGGGACAGGGGAAAACCGAGUAAGCGCCUCAAGACCACUGCCGACCGUCUAGAGGCCUCAGCCGCAGGCUCCCUGCCGACCCCUCCUGCGUUUCCCCAUUCUCCUGGGUUGUUGUUGCCUCCGCCUCCGACAUCCAUUGUCAAGCUGAACGACCCAAAUGAUCCCGAGGUGUUCAGGCGGGCGCCGUACUGUACUUUCCGCUGUAUAUUUGGAGUUGUUUGUGGUGGGUCCCUUGAUCUGGACUGCCCAAACCGCUCCAGCCACCCUGUCCAACACCCUCCCACUUCGGUCUUCCGCGAGCUCCUCCGCCGCCAACUCGCUGAGGGCCCGUCUUGCCAUGCCUUGUGGGUGGGAUGGUCCGGGUCUACAGCAACCAUCUUCAAGAUUCGACUUGCGUCACUCGGCUAUGUUCUCGUAGCCAAGGCUAGCAGCAACAGGGUGGCGCUCCGCACCGAAGAGCGAAUCUAUCGCAAAUAUCUGGUUCCAGCCCAGCAAAGCGGCGCUGUAGCCCCAUGUCUUGGCUUACUUGAUCUGCCUGAGCCGUGGCCUGAUCCCGACGUGUACUCAGACCACCUAGGCCAUGACCUCACUUGUUGCCUGUUGCUCGGCUGGAUACCAGGCAAGCAACCACAAGACGCGCUCUGUUCCAGCGUAGGUUGGUCGGCAAACAAUUUAUCAUUAUCGCCCUCUCAGAAGGAGCAGAAGCAGCGGGCCAGAAUGGCACUGCGUGCUUCGGUCAGGGCUGCCUUCGAGUAUAUCCACAGCCUCAGAUUGGUUCAUGGCGACGCAGCACUACGUAAUUUACGCGUGGAGUCUUCACAUCCAGAGGGGCCCUUCCGAGCUGUAUUAUUCGAUUUUGAAGCGGCAGAGCAUUGCGACAUAUGGUGGGAAAGGUUGCAACAGAAAUCGCGGCGGCGGCGGAGACGCCGGCGGCAAAUCUCGGCUGAUGAUAAGGAGGUUCUGUUCCAAGCGGCCUGCGAACAGGAGAUCACACAGUGCCUUGCGGACGUCGAUAUGCUGUAUUGA